GGUGAUGGUCGCUUCUUCCCGAGCAGUGUUUUCGUUUCUCUAUAGAUUCGGUCUUCGGUAGUAGCCCUGAUCCUGGUGAAACGGAUUUGUUGUGGCCUGGCAUCGUCCCUUGGCAACGGACGCGGCCAUCGAGCCCAACCGAUUCUCCCUACAAAAUUCCACCUUAUAUUCGCGCUUUAUUGAUUUUCUUCCGUUCGUUGUUAUGAGGAAACUACGGUGGUAAAUCAUCAAGGGAAGGUGACGAUUGAAUUCAGAGCAAAAUUAGCCUUUCUAGCGAGAACUUGACCCCGGGGCAGCUCGGCUGUGUGGUCAUUCGAUUUCCGAACUUCGUCCUAGUUGGUGGUGCAGUUCACUUUCCCUUUUCACUCAUAGAAAUUUUCUUGAAUUUAUUAUUUAAAUUGAGUUUGCUGACAGUGCAAAAAUCAAACAUUCUUCAAAGAUGCCUAUAACGACACCGAAGAUUCCGGAAGGCUUGCCCGAUUUGAUGAAAGGGCUGGCCAAGAGUGUGAUACGGGAAAAUCCGGACAACAUCUAUGUCCAUGCGGCUGAGUAUUUCGAAAAUCUUAUCCGCGAACGAGAUGCUGGUGAAUUGGACAAGGGCUAUCCACAUUUCAGUGCCCAUAAAGUGUAUGCGGACUACAGAGACAAAUGUCGCACCAAAGGUGGAAAUGAGUCGAGGAAGAUUGCCACUGAUGGCGAUGACGAUGAUAGUGGUGGCAGCGCAUCUACCACACGUGGUCGAAGAAGAAAACGUGUUCGCAAGCAGGGCUCUAAGGAUUCCAAUAAAUCUGUCGAAAAAUCGGAACCGGAAGAGCAAAUUAUAGCAGCAGCAAUUCCCGAUUCUGCCGCAGUUUUAAGUGAUGGAAGUGAAAGGAAAAGUGGCAGUGCUAAGAGCUCAGUAGACGACCUUGAUGCAAUCAACGAAGAAACUCCUGAUAUUGAACAAUCUGUUGUAAAAGUCGAAGCUUAUCGGGACAAUCAAAGUCCGAAAAUAAGCAAAUUGAAUAGUGCCGAUUCAGAAACAGCCGCCACAGCUGUUUCAACAGUAUUGCUAGAUACAGCCCUGGACUCAGAUGAUGUCGAUGCGGAAACUGCCAAUACAAAAGAUACAGAAGAACCGCCAAACGGAAAUGAACAUGAAACUGAGGAAUAUCCGACGGCACCGAGCACGGCGGAAGUUUUGGUGGAAGUUACUGGUGAACCAGAUUUUCCAGUAGAAGGUAGUGCGCCGUUGGAAGUUUCUGAUACCAUUGCUGAAGAUGAACCAGAUGUAUCGGUUGAAAAAGUUGAACACCAACCCGAACAAACAAUUGAUUCAGCCGAGUUGAAUGGUACACCCGAAGAAGACAAGCCAGAAACUGCAGGAACGGCACAAAAUGAUGGCGAAGGAGUGGAUACCGUUGAUGCAGAUGAAGAAUGCGUUGUAGUAGAUGUACAAUCUCGUUUUGCUUCCGACGAGAACGAAGCUGAAACACUCGAAAUGCCUGACGUUCCAACUGAUGAACCAGGAAAUGAAGAACAAGCUGAAAUCUUAACAAACGAAAAUGAUAAUCCAGAAAACGCACAGCUUGGAACUGAUGUUAUUGAAAUUGUUGAAAAUACGUCUCAAGAUGAUAUGAAUGAAGGAAACGAUCGAGCUGAAAGCGUUCAGGAUGAAAAUUCUGAAAAUCUACAACAACAAACUGAAGAACUUAAUCAAGGAGCGAGUACACCGGCGAAAACUUCUAGACAAAAUUCCGCCCCUUCAGUGCUAGGCUCUACGAAAGAUUUUUCUGAUAAAGAGGAUUCUGUCGAAAUCGAGGACAAUGACAAAGACAAUGAGGAAACGGAACAAAAUUCUGAUAAAGUUGAUGAACCGAGCAAUGCAGAAGUGGAUCAGUCAGAUCCGAAUAAUGAUGAUGGUGGCAAUGAAGUUAAAGUUGCUGCCGAAUCAAUUGAGACAAUGAUGGAUAAUGAAGAAAAAAAUGAAGAUGAACCGCUUGGUGAUAACUCUGAGGCUGCUGAUAUAAAAGCUUCUGACGACGAUCAGAAAGAAGAUGACAUUGCUGUGAGUGAUGAGCUUGAAAAAACGGAGCAAGAAAUAGUAAACCCGGAAGAAGAACCCGAAACUAACUCAGACGAUGGUGUUGCGUCACCCAAAAAAUCACUGUCGAAAGAUGCAGGUCCAAAAAGUGAUUCAGAAGCUACUGAUGUUCCACCAAAAGAAUCUAUUACGAGUAACAUAGAACCAGAACAAGAUUCAAAAAAUAAAGAAGACAAAAAUAGUGCGGAAACUCAGGACACAACAGAGCCGCAGAACGAGUUAGAAUCAAAUGCAGAUGAAAAUGCAGCGCCGAAUGAAAAUUCAACAGAACAUGAGAAACCAACAUCAACCAACGAAGUCGAUUUAGAAGUGAAUCAGCAAUCAAUAGAGGAAUCAGCAGUUGAAGACGGCAAUGAUACAGAGAUCAAACAAGAGAAGCAGGAUCAAAAUCUUGUGCUGCCUCAGGAGCAAGUUGAUGCUGUUGAAACGGAAGCUCCAGAGACCCCAAAAGAGAUUGAAAAGGGGGAAUCUUUGGAGGAGCCCAAUUCCAGCUCUGCUUGCGAACAAGCAAAAAUCGAGCCGACGGAUGAGGAACAGCCAGAUUCAAACGAAGUUAACGAUGAAGCAGUAUCCAAAGAAGGGUCUCUGGAGAAAACUGAAUCGGAUUUGAAUGCAACGCUUGAACAAUCUGAUGGUCUAUCAAAGGAAUCUUCUACCAAAGAAUCGGGCCCAGACGGUUCAAUGGAUGGGCCAGAUGGAGAACUGGUUUCUGAAACAGGUGGCAUCGCUUCCAUCAGCAGUCGUAUGGACGACGGAGAUGAUGAAGGUGAAGAUGAAAAUGAACAAGAGCUAUCCGAAGGAACCUAUGGGAAUAAAACUGAAGAUAAACCACCAAGUCCUUCCGCACCUGGUUUAGAACAAGAAAAUAGAAAUAAUGACCAAACUGCUAGUGAUUCCAAUGAUGUCGAAGCUAAGGAUUCGGAAGAGAAGAAAGCUAACGUCGAUUCACAGGAUGAAUCAGGAAAUAGUAAUGAAUCGAACGAAGAAGUCGUUGAAGAGCCAUGCAUCCAACGUCAAGUUUCUCCGUCGACAUCAAAACUAGCAAGCCGAAAUAGUGUUGAAGCGGAAGAAAUCAAAAAGGUAAAUCUAGCUUCUUUUCACAAAGAUUCCGCUGAGGCAUUAUUUUAUUCUUUGAAGCAAUCGGAGCUAGAAAACGAUGAGGAAAGUCCACCGGGUGAAAAUCCAGAUAAAGACGAAACUCUAGCCAAGAAUAACACACUGGAAACUGAUGACGAUGCAGAUGUUGUUUUAGCUGCCGAACAACCAAACCAACAAUCUCGUGACCAUCAACAAACUGAGAGAACCUUUACCGAUGAUUUUUUAGAGAAGGGCCCCAUCACUGAGGAAGCGGCCAAUGGCCUAGCAGAAGGUGAUGGGGUGAUGGACGCAGCAGAUGUAUUCGACCCGAUGGCGGCGGCUGCGAAUCGCAAUCGACAGUUGAAGGAUCGGCUACACUCGCGUGACGAUGUGGAAGCCAGCGAGACAGCUUCACAUAAACACGCAAUACGGCGUAGCAUGACAGAGAGGAAAGACUUGACCAGGCAGGACUCUGAUUACGUAGGAUUGGACAAAUAUGGGCCGAACUAUGUUCAAGAAGAGGACGAAUUCGAUGGAUACUACAUAGGUAAUAUAAGAAAUAAGAUAUUGGCUAGCUCCGUUUCCAGAGCGGAUUCUGACUUUUACGAUCAAGAGAAUCUGGCAGACAAUGUGGACGAAAACAACGUCCGAACAGCAUUAGAGACCAUUGCAUCUACGGAUACAGAAUCUACGAUCGCAUCUCAAACGACGAUUCAUGCAAACAAACACUUCUUCAAACGAAGUUCGCAGAAUACAUCCACUAAUAUACCCUACGCAUCAUUCGGAAACAAUGCAAUCGAUCAAUCGCUGGACGAAUUCAUUGAACGUGAGGAACAAAACAAGGAAGCUGCUGAACAAGCCGCGUCGACCAUCCAGCGCUCGUAUCGACGGUUCCGAUCGAACAGAAAACUUCUUCGGGAUUAUCACAGCACGAUGCGCACUUUUACUGAAGAUCAAUCAACCGAGAGUUUGGAAGAGUACCCGACUAACAUAAUUCAGAUAACAAUGGAUCACAAAAAAACGGAAGAGAGUGACAACUCUCUUGAAGAUGCUCGAAUGGAAAACAAGCGACGUCCGAUGUACAGUCUGAACAUCGAUGAGUAUGAUACAGCCGCCCGACGCAUGACUCUUACCCGAGGGGUUGCAGUGCAAAGAAAUUCAACACGUGAGGAAGAUUCCUCUGGCAAAUCAGACAAUGCUUCUAGUGACGCAAAGUUAGCUAGUGAUACACAGACAAAUUUAGCCCCAGCAACAGACGAAAGUCCACUGUCGAUGAGCGAUCUUUCGGACGACAAGAAAAGUAGCAGUGACGAGAAGGAAAACAUAAAAAUGGGUUCGUCCAAAACAAGCAAUACCAAUGGCAGCAGUGAAUCAACGAAACCUCGUUCUAUAAACGACGUUAAAAAGUACGCAUCGUUGGACGCCCAGAAGUUGUUCAUAGCUCGUCAGCGUACAAUGCCGGUUCAGAUUGACAGUUCGCUGAUCCGAGUGCUGCCGAAACACAUGAGAAAACGUAACAAAAGUGCCGGCAUGGUACGGAAGUAGACGACAAAUGAUUCAACGGUUUCUUGAAGUUAGAAAAUAGGUUGGCUUGGAUACAUUUGGCAUGAUUUUUUUCCUAGUGAGUUUUAUACAUAGAUGUCUGAUGUAACAACAUUGAACGGUAAGAUGUUUCAGAUUUCAGCCUUUUAAACAAUACAACUAUUGCUAUCACGCUACUUUAAAAACAUUGAUAAACGAUUUUUACAAAUGUAUUCAAGCCAAAAAACAUAACAAAAAUGAUGCAACGAAGAAUGUAAGUGCAAAAGUGAUUCAAUGUGCUCUUUGUGUAUGCACACGUUUGCUAUUCGCGCGAAUAAUUUGAAGCAAUACUAAGAUUAAAG